UACCUAGCAGCAAUUCCUCCAUCUGAUGAUGAACUUUCACGAAUGAACGACUUUGCUCGACAGCAGCAAAUCGCCAUCGACAAGAGGAACAUAGAAAAAUGCUCGAACGAUCCUCUUAAGGUCAUAUUGAUCUUUCAUCGAAUUGUGAUAGUUCAAUAA